AUGACGGCGGUGUGGGUACGCGGAAACGAAGCGAUGCGAGUCUCGGCAAGCGGGUCCGGGCCGGACUAUGUUUGGGUGAGGGUGAGCACUGUCGUUAUCGUCAGUGUAUACCUGUCACCGAACUAUUCCGCCUUGGAGUAUGCCAACAGACUCGUAGAUAUCGAAGACGCCGUGAGAGAUAUACCUGGAAAUACGAUCGCGGCAGGCUAUUUUAACGCGCGGGCUAUUGAGUGGGGUAUGCCCACGACAAACAGACGCGGACAACUGCUACUAGAGCUGGCCGCGAGGCUGGAACUAGUAGUAGUGAACGAGGGAAAGACGGCGACAUUUAGACGACCGCGGUGGGGUCAAUCUAUACCACACGUGACCUUGGCCACAGACAGACUACUGACGCGAAUAAGAGGAUGGAAAGUGAUCGAGGAAUAUACAGCCAGUGAUCACCAAUACAUCAUCUUUGAAGUAACAAACGAAAAUACGACUAGACAAAGAGGUAACGUGUUACCCCCUCUACGAUGGGACACGAAACACCUGGACAGAAAAGAACUCGACAGACUACUGCAAAACGCAGAGCUUUUUCCGGAAACCACUCGAAGUGGUACGGACCGUGACUCGACGGAGAAGUUAGCUGAGGAGGCGGAAAAAUACCUCUGUCACCUAUGCGACGCUACGAUGCCGAAAAAACGAUACGGACGCGAUCGGCGACAGAUGUACUGGUGGACGCAAGAAAUUGCAGAUAUCAGACGCGAAUGUCACCGGCGACGUAGACAGGCACAAAGACAAAGAAACAGGCAUGACGAAAAAGCCUCAGAGGCAUACAAACUUGCCAGAAAAAGGCUGAGACAAACUAUAACGGACAGUAAACGACAAUGCUAG